CUUAGCGUCUUGCGUCCAUUGUAGAAUAAGCUUUAAAGCUUUUAGUCUACAUUGGACGCAAGACGCUAACUCGCAACGCGAGAAAUCGGCCGACGACAGUCGAUCAUAUAUUCCUCUCAUAUCUGUCUGUGAUUGGUCGGAUUUCUCGCGUUGCGACUUAACGUCUUGCGUCUUGCGUCCAUUGUAGAAUAAGCUUUAAAGCUUUUAUUCUACGAUGGACGCGAAACGCAAGACGCUAACUCGCAACGCGAGAAAUCGGCCGACGACAGUCGAUCAUUCUUCUCAUAUCUGUCUAUGAUUGAUCGGAUUUCUCGCGUUGCGGCUUAGCGUUUUGCGUUUCGCGUCCAUUGUAGAACAAGUUUUAAUACCGCCGUGCGUUCGCGUUGACGGGGACCGAGCUGAAGAGCUUGGUUUUGCUGUCGUGGCUGUCGGAUGCAUUGAAAUAGGCGCGUACAAAUAAAGAGUGGCGCGAGGCGUCACGAUUAUGCGCGGGACUCGCGUGUUUGCGCUUCUACGCGUAUAUGCUCAAGCGCGUCGACUCUCCGUGCUGUGCACGAUGAAUUCCAACGACACACCGCUCUUCUUGCUCCGCGUGCCGUGCGCGAGUGCGGCCGAUACGCGCGCACACGGAAUUUUUGGCGUUACGGUUUAUAUAAAGCGUCCUUAUCGGCGUCUUGUCUCCCGCGUACUCGUACGUUAGCAAUUAUAACGGUGAACCCGUAACGGGACGCCUUUAUCAAACAGGAGAAAUCAAAUUGCGGAAUUUUAUGUGGAACGCACGCGCACGUAUGUCCUCCGAAGUUUCACUGAACUUCAGCCGAAUGUAAUUCGUGGACGGCUAAUCGUGCCUGGACAGCCUAUUGUGAAAUAGCGUCGUACAAAACUGUUGUAGAAAAUCGGUAAUAUCUCGCAAUAAAUCGGCAUUACGCGCGCUGUGCGCGAGAGGAUACAUAAUUAUUGUGCGUUUUUAAAUCUUGAUAACGUACACCCCCUGUCGCACACAUUUCCGCGUGUGUCGCUCGAGGACGAGUGCUCAAAUGCACGUGGCAACUAUCAUAAAGGUCCGUAGUUAGAAGGCAAAUUGAGAUACCAAGGUGAACUACUUUGCGCGACGGACGAAAUCGACGUGCAUUAUUAUCGAGUUAUUUAUGAACGUAACUGGUGGCGCUGGAAGGGCGGAUGAUUGGUACGUGCCGCUUUGUCUUCCGAUCGAAUACCUCGCGGAUAACAGCUCGGGAAAAUUUAAGUCAGUAUUCGUCGCUACGUCAGGAACGAUCGACAAUGAUCCGCAUAGAUGUUAAGAUAUAGACUUUUCAUUUGUUUUCUCACUCGUCCAUGUGUAAAUGUCAGCGAUAGCUGAGGAAUCUCGGAAAUUUAUACGCGAUCGAAACGUAAUCCAAAGUCCUGUCUCGUCUUCUCUACAGAGCCCGGCGUAGCGGUUGGCGCUUUGCGUUUCGCAAGUCCAUUGUAGAAUAAGCUUCAAUACCACCGUGCGUUUGCGACGGGGACCGAGCUGAAGGGCUUGGUUUCGCAGUCGUGUGGCUGUUGGACGCAUCGAAACAGGCGCGUACAAAUGAUCCGAACAAAAGUGCGUUUGGCACAGCUGUACCGGGGAGCAGCGCGUCUGUUAUUCGGGCGUAAGAUCACCCGGGUGUGCCGAAAAGCGACUCUCCUGGAAGACGUGUCCUCCCAGCGAUCCUUCGCUCGCGCCCAUUCGCGCCAGCGAAAGAGGCGUCUCGCAAACGGCGCUGUCCUUCUACAGUUCUACCGGUGAUACAGGCUGGUCCGAAGUUGGACAUUAUAGUAGCGAUCGGAGAGUACUUUCGCCGAGAGUCGCCCGUAGUGGGGGAGGUGGGACUUGAACCCUGGAACCCCAUGGGCCAUAUAUACUACGGGCCCAUGCAGCGCUCUUGCUACUUGUGGUGUCAGCUUCUCGCGGAUUCCCCGCCGUACAGGAAACGCGCAGGCGAGAGAAGCUGAUAAGCGCGACGCGAAGAUGAAGCUGCUGAUCUUGUGCGUGUUGACUACCGCCGGAGUCGCGUUCGCCGCGCCGGGUCUCCUCAAGGUACCGAAGGUGUACAACGCCGUGAUCACGAGCAAUCAGAAUCUGUCGCCGUCGCGAGCGUUCCCCGUGAUACAGCCGAUCAUCCAUCGAACCGCCGUCGGCUACGUGCCGCCGUUCUAUUACACGCAGAUAGCGCCUUACUUUGCCGAGCCGGAAGUGGUGCACUAUCCGCAGCUCGCCGGCGAUGGCAAGGCGGCCGCGGCCGGGAACGACCAGGCCUCUUCGUCAACGUCGCGUCUAGCCGAGUCGACGAGCUUCGGUGUCGCGAAGGAGCGCGUGGGCGCGACCGCCGUCGAUCGCGCGCAGGAGGGCGAUCCGAAGAACGGCGGUACCAGCCCCGCGAAGAAGAGCGAGCGGGUGCCGUUGAGCUUCUACCCGAGCUACCAUUCCCUCUACUACGAGCCGUACAUCUACACGUACAACGACUUCAAUCCGCACCCCGGCACUUACUACGUCGAUUACCAGCCCUACGAGUCCCUGGAGCCGAUCCCGGCUACCACGCCGAAGAACGCCGAUUCCGGCCACCUGUUACCGAGCUUCCACGACGAGAAGAGAGUCUACGCGAAGAGCGAUAGGGAAAAGGUACCGGACGUACCACCGCCACCUCUUCCGACCUCUACACCGAAGAGAUCUUGAGCCUCGCAAGGUGGAAGUAAAUCGGUCGAAAUAAAUCGUGAUAAGUAGGUGAAGAGGGAAGCUUUACGUAUAUAUAUAUAUAUAUAUUUUUUUUUUUCCAUGAGCAUUGCAAGCGCGAAUAGGUGUGUCGGUAAAAUGUAUAAAGAUUUUUGGUUUCCUCCUCCCAUUUCUUUAACCUCUCUCUUCAACGAGGUAAAGAUUAUUCUUCGUUGUUACACGUUGAAGAAUAAUCGGUGCUCGUUGGAGCGUUGGCGCGGCUGUGCAAUCAAUUGGCAUUUAGUACGUUGGUCACGCCAUUACAUUGAACUUUGACUGCAAUUGCUUGAGUAUAUAAUGUUCAAUCUACAUGACGGUGCAGAUGUUCGAUCAAGUUGAAGAGUCCUAGCUACAUUAAUGCUACGUUCUAUAUUGUAGAGGAAAGUCCUUUAUUAUGAGAUAGGCUCCCAAUAUGAGAUAGCGGAGUUUCCGCUAAAUUAAU